AGACGCACUGAGUCCAAGCAGCCGGUGAUGGCGGCGUCGGCGGCGGUGCCUGCGGCGGGUCCGGGCCCAUGAGGCGACGACGGAGGCGGGACGGCCUUUACUCAGCGCCGGACUUCCAAGACAGGGAAGCUGAGGACAUGGCAGGAGUGUUUGACAUAGACUUGGAUCAGCCAGAGGACGCGGGCUCUGAGGAUGAGCUGGAGGAGGGGGGUCAGUUAAAUGAAAGCAUGGACCAUGGGGGAGUUGGACCAUAUGAACUUGGCAUGGAACAUUGUGAGAAAUUUGAAAUUUCAGAAACUAGUGUGAACAGAGGGCCAGAAAAAAUCAGACCAGAAUGUUUUGAGCUACUUCGGGUGCUUGGUAAAGGGGGCUAUGGAAAGGUUUUUCAAGUACGAAAAGUAACAGGAGCAAAUACUGGGAAAAUAUUUGCCAUGAAGGUGCUUAAAAAGGCAAUGAUAGUAAGAAAUGCUAAAGAUACAGCUCAUACAAAAGCAGAACGGAAUAUUCUGGAGGAAGUAAAGCAUCCCUUCAUUGUGGAUUUAAUUUAUGCCUUUCAGACCGGUGGAAAACUCUACCUCAUCCUUGAGUAUCUCAGUGGAGGAGAAUUAUUUAUGCAGUUAGAAAGAGAGGGAAUAUUUAUGGAAGACACAGCCUGCUUUUACUUGGCAGAAAUUUCCAUGGCUUUGGGGCAUUUACAUCAAAAGGGGAUCAUCUACAGAGACCUGAAGCCGGAGAAUAUCAUGCUUAAUCACCAAGGUCAUGUGAAACUAACCGACUUUGGACUAUGCAAAGAAUCUAUUCAUGAUGGAACAGUCACACACACAUUUUGUGGAACAAUAGAAUACAUGGCCCCUGAAAUCUUGAUGAGAAGUGGUCACAAUCGUGCUGUGGAUUGGUGGAGUUUGGGAGCAUUAAUGUAUGACAUGCUGACUGGAGCACCCCCAUUUACUGGUGAGAAUAGAAAGAAAACAAUUGACAAAAUCCUCAAAUGUAAACUCAAUUUGCCUCCCUACCUCACACAAGAAGCCAGAGAUCUGCUUAAAAAGCUGCUGAAAAGAAACGCUGCAUCUCGUCUUGGAGCUGGUCCUGGGGAUGCUGGAGAAGUUCAAGCUCAUCCAUUCUUCAGACACAUUAACUGGGAAGAACUUCUAGCUCGGAAAGUGGAGCCCCCCUUUAAGCCUCUGUUGCAAUCUGAAGAGGAUGUGAGUCAGUUUGAUUCAAAGUUUACACGUCAGACACCUGUCGACAGCCCAGAUGACUCAACUCUCAGUGAAAGUGCCAACCAGGUCUUUCUGGGUUUUACUUAUGUGGCUCCAUCUGUACUUGAAAGCGUGAAAGAAAAGUUUUCCUUUGAACCAAAAAUCCGAUCACCUCGAAGAUUUAUUGGCAGUCCACGAACACCUGUCAGCCCAGUCAAAUUUUCUCCUGGGGAUUUCUGGGGAAGAGGUGCUUCAGCCAGCACGGCAAAUCCUCAGACACCUGUAGAAUACCCAAUGGAAACAAGUGGAAUAGAGCAGAUGGAUGUGACGACAAGUGGGGAAGCGUCAGCGCCACUUCCAAUUCGACAGCCGAACUCCGGGCCAUACAAAAAACAAGCUUUUCCCAUGAUCUCCAAACGGCCAGAGCACCUGCGAAUGAAUCUAUGACAGAGCAAUGCUUUUAAUGAACUUAAGGCAAAAAAAAAGGGGGUAAGGGGAUGUGUGAGCAUCCUGCAAGGUGACACAAGAAGACUCAAAAUGACAGUCUCAAAAGAGUCAGUGUCAUUACUUAGAACACUUUGGAUGAGGAAAACCAACAUGGAUUUUUAAAAAAAUUAAUCAAUGGUGCAAAAACAAAAAAACUUAAGCAAAAUAGUGUUGUGAAACUCUUAGGCACAUCACUUAAUUGAUUCCUAGCGACAUCUUCUCAACCUUAUCAAGGAUUUCAUGUUGAUGGCUCGAAACUGACAGUAUUAAGGGUAGGAUGUUGCUUCUGAAUCACUGUUGAGUUUGGAUUGUGUCAAAGAAGGAUUAUCCUUUCAUUAGGCAAAGUACAAAAUUGCCUAUAAUACUUGCAACUAAGGACAAAUUAGCAUGCAAGCUUGGUCAAACUUUUUCCAGCAACAUGGAAUCAAAGACAAAAGAAACUUAUCAAUUGAUGUUUUACGUGCAAACAACCUGAAUCUUUUUUUUAUAUAAAUAUAUAUUUUUCAAAUAGAUUUUUGAUUCAGCUCAUUAUGGAAAACAUCCCAGACUUUAAAAUGCAAAAUUAUUGGUUGGUAUGAAGAAAGCCAGACAACUUCUGUUUCUUCUCUUGGUGAAAUAAUAAAAUGCAAAUGAAUCAUUGUUAACCACAGCUGUGGCUCGUUUGAGGGAUUGGGGUGGACCUGGGGUUUAUUUUCAGUAACCCAGCUGCAAUACCUGUCUGUAAUACUAGGAAAAAUGAAUCUAUUUAUUCAUUUCUACUUGCAGUACUGCUAUGUGCUAAAGCUUAACUGGAAGCCUUGGAAUGGGCAUAAGUUGUAUGUCCUACAUUUCAUCCUUGUCCUGGGCCUGCAUUGCACUGGAAAAAAAAAAAAAAUUGCCACCUGUUGCUAUACCAGUAUUUGAUUCAAGACGCCAAAAUGUGUUCAGCCCAAGGCUGAAAAAGGAUGGAAGAGUCAGGAUAAAAUGCAUCCUGAGAGCAGCAAAGUGAGGGAAAUAGGGAUAUCCAGGGGAAGAGGGUGUUGCCAUGCUCCACUCUCUGUCUGAUCUCUUUACAGGAAAUUGGUAAAGUUUUUAGUUUUACUUCUUUUUACUGUUUUUGCUGUCUACUUUCCUUACAUUUUUGUCCUCAACAGUUUUAAAAAGGAAAAAAGGUCUAAUUUUUUUCUCCUAUACUGGGGCUACAUUUUUUGAUUGUAAAAAUACUUGAUGGCCUUUUGAUGAAUGUCUUCCACAGUGUAUAAGAAAACUUAGUGGCUUAAUUUAGGAAACAUGUUAACAGGACACUGUUUUUGAAAUUGUAACGAAAUCUACAUAAGUGAUUUACAGGUACAAAGAAUAAAAUAAAGGUAACUUUACCUUUCUUAAAUACUUCCUGCCUUAAAGAGAGCAUUUCCAUGACUUUAGCUGGUGAAAGGGUUUAAUAUCUGCAGAGCUUUAUAGAAGUAUAUUUCAGUGCGUACUGGUAUAAUAUCAAUAGAUGAUCAUGCAGUUGCAGUUGUCUUAUCACCUCUUUUUGUUGUCUUUUACAAUGUCUUCGGUCUGAGUAUGCAAAGUCAUUUUGUAAUAUUUUGCAACCCUAGGAUUUUUUUAAAUAGAUGCUGCUUGCUAUGUUCUCCAAACCUUUUUGAGCCAUAGGAUCCAAGCCAUAAGAUUCUUUGUGCAUGUUGAAUUCUGUCAGAAAAGAGCAAGGCUUUGCUUAUUUAAACUGCAAUUUCAAGUGAGAUGGGAUGAAAUCCUAUGACAUUAAGCGAAAACAGAAUCAUGAAAACUGAUCAGAAAUACAUCUUCUCAAUUGUGGCAAUAAAUGAAAAUCAAUCAAAGUUCAUCUUUGAACAGAAGGCUUUUUUUUUUUUUUUUUUUUUUUUUUUUUAAAUCACUCCCUCUAGACUCCCUCCUCUCUCACUGCAGCAGCCUACUGAGAACUUUAUACUGGUAGCUGGUAAGUUAGAAGCUACAAUAAUGAUCAAGAGCAGAAAUUGUAUUCCAAGUGCAGAUCUUUGUUCUCUGACAAUUUGUAAUGUCUGAAAAAAACAACCCAAAAAGGUAUGGUGAUACGUAUAGGCAUUAUUUCAGACUGUAAAUGGCUUGUGCUACUCUGAUACUUGUUUUCAAAAUGUGUUUACUAACUGUAGUGUUGAUUGCCUGACCAAAUUCCAGUGAAACUUAUACACCAGAAUAUUCCUUCUUCAUCCUAUUUGCUAGUAACAUGUGCACUGUGACUGGCUGGCUAUGACCACCCCAUAGAUAAACUUUUCAUAAAUAGUAACUGCCAGCAAUAGUGGCAAACACUGCGACUUUUCUGCAUAAAAUGCAUUAACUAUAUGCCUACCAUCUACAUAAACACAUAGUUUUUCUAACUUCACAUUUAUCAAGUGAAUUUCCCAU